GGAUCGGUGCCGCCGGCCCGGAACCUCCGCGCCCGGCCGCGCCUUCCGGGGAACGGCGGCGCUGCGGGACGGGCCCGGCGCCGCCAUGGCCGCGUCCCCCGCCCGGCGGCGCCGCUGGGAGCGGGAGCAGGCCCGGCUGAGGGCCAGCGUGCUGGAGGAGGACACCGAGCAGUGGCAGAAGGAGCCGCACUUCUCCGGGCUGCAGAGAGUGGGAGGCGUGGAUUUAUCCUACAUCAAGGGGGACGAGAGCCGUGCCUGCGCCUCCCUGGUCGUGCUCAGCUACCCGGCCCUCGAGGUGCUGUACCAGGAUUGCCGCAUGGUGCCCGUCACCGCCCCGUACGUGGCCGGGUUCUUGGCCUUCCGAGAGGUCCCUGUCCUGGUGGAAGCUGUGCAGAGACUUCAGCAGGAGGAGCCCCAGCUCCAGCCUCAGGUGCUUCUGGUAGAUGGGAAUGGCCUGCUCCAUCCCAGAGGGUUUGGCACAGCCUGUCACCUCGGAGUCCUGACGGACCUGCCGUGCAUUGGUGUGGCCAAGAACCUCCUGCACGUGGAUGGCUUGGUCAGGGAUGAGCUGCACAGGGAGCAGGUUCGUUCCCUGCAGAGGUCAGGAGAGGCAUUCCCACUGACAGGCACCUCGGGGAAGGUCCUGGGCAUGGUGCUGCGGAGCUGCACCAACAGCUCCAGGCCCCUGUACGUGUCCGUGGGCCACCGGGUGAGCCUGGGCACGGCCGUGCGCCUGGUCAGGGCCUGCUGCCGCUUCCGCGUCCCGGAGCCCAUCCGGCAGGCUGACAUCAGGUCCAGGGAGUACCUUCGGAAGCAGCCCUGUGCUCCAGUGGAGGCUGUCCCUGCCAGCCCAGAGAGCAGCAAAAAGGAGGCUGGAUCGGAGGAUUAGUCUGGUGCCAGAAGAAAGUGCAGAGCUUCUCCUCGCUGGGUCCUCUCCUGCACCAAGGCUGAGUCCUGCUGGGUGCAGGAGCCCAGUGCCACCCUGAGGGACAGCUGUGCCAGGCUGUGUGCCACAGGACAGCACCAGCCACUGCUCAGGGAGACUCCAUGCAGUGAAUUUCUCAGGGUUCUUUUUCAAGUACUGGUAAAAUCUUUGUGUAGGCAAAGGCUCACGUGUAAGUGUGCAACACCUCACUGGAGUCCUUGGGCAGCUGCAGGGGCUGAUUUACAGAGAUGCUGAGGCAUUGCCACUGCAGAGCCAGCCUGUGUCUCCCACCACACCUCUGUGGCACAGAGCCCUCCCUUCCCACUGUUUUUGGAGCAGCAGCCCUGCUGCCCAGCUCUUCCUGGAGGAAGGAUCAUCUCAGGGGAAAGGAUGGGAGGAACCAUCUCCCUCCCAGGAGCAUGGGGAGGUCAUUCCUGACACACAGAACGUUCCAGGUGUCCAGAUCCCAGGCUGGAGAUCUGGCCCAGCCCCAGCUCGGCCUGAGGAGCAGAGCCCAGAGCUUCUGUGCCCAAAUCAUCCUCAACCCUCGUCCAGCCUGCAGGACCAAAGCUUCUCCCAGGGUGUGGGAUCCUGGCUGAGGUUGGCAGGGGCUUCCUGACUGUUCUGAAGAGCAGCAGGAGCAGAAGGUGCUCUGGGAGAUCUUGGUGUGGCUGUGUGAGAUUCAGCCUGAAGAGGAAGAAGAAAGCUUUCCUGAGGGUGGGGAGGGGUGAUCAGGUCAGGCCCCUGUGGGCUGUUUAACCUCAAUUUUGCAUACAUUUAUUGUACAACUUUUGUUCUUUUCUGUCUUGGAGCUGCUCUGGGUGGGGAGGACAAAACCCAGCCUGUUGUGCCUCUGCUGUGUUGGGGUCUGAGCUGUCCCUCCUGGAACCUGCUGGGAAGGGGAGGAAGUGACAAACCCUGCUCCCCUGGGGCCAUCUGGGCAGCGCUGGGGCUGGUCCUGGCACUGCUGGAGAGGGCCCAGGCCUGUGCAGGAGCCUCUCCUGGGAGCCCUCAGAGCUGCUGCACACCAGGGUUUGUCCGUGGGUGGACAGAGCCUGGCAGGGGAGAACACAGUGGAAGCUGCUCCUCUGAUCCUGAGCAGAUCCUGAGGGCUGCUGCCAGGCCAGGGGCACAGGGAGCACUGGGCUCGUGCCUGGUGCUGGCAGUGGCAGGGACAGGGGCACAGGGACAGCCGUGUCCCCUCCCUGCACAGACACAGAGCCUCCCGUGCCACGGCCUGUCCCCUCCCGAGGGAGCAGGGUGGGGACAGAGCCACAGCCAGCAGGGAUCAGGUCAUUCCUCAUUCCAGCCCCACACAAGACUUCCCUGGCCAUGGGGACAGUCUCCUAAAGCCUGUCACAAAUUCAGGCACGAGUGGUGGUGUGGGCACGGGGACAGCUCCUUCAUGGAGCAGAGCCCCAGGGAAAUCCAUCUGGGCUUUCUGAUUGCUUUGGCCUGUGCUGGGAGGGUCAUCCCUGGCUCCUCUCAAAUUCUGGGGGACACCACUCCCACUGCAGAGUCACCCCAGGUGUGCUGAAUGAGGCUCUGUGGGGAGCAGCUCCUCCAGGAUGGCCCUGGCAGAACAGAGGAGGUGUGGGACUUCAGUGUGUGGGACUGUGGCUUCUGCCCCGAUGAGUGGCUGGCUUUAAUCUCCUGUUGAAUGUCUGUGGUUUUAGUCCCUGGUCUAUUGGUGAUUUUUUGGGGUUUUUUUUUUUUUUUUUUUGGGGUUUUUUUUUUUUUUUUUGUUUUUGUGCUUUUGGUUGGUAUUUGACAAUGAGAGAUUUGGGCUGGGCUGGCCAGGGGAGGCUCUGCAGCCAAAGCUGUGAUUUGGGUGGAAGCUGGAGGAAUUGAGCCCAGCUCAGACAGAAAUGUGAGGCUGUGGCUGUUCAGGGUCUGUUGCUGGGUGCUCCUGCUGGGAUCUGGGUGUUUUGAUCCAUGGAAGCUCCAUGUGCUCAGCCUGGGAGGGAUUCAGGGCUGGGGACACUGCUGUCCUCAGCUGGCCUGAGCCCCCCCAGCUGCCUCUGCCCGGAGGAUGAGGGAAAAUCAGGUGGGAAAAAAAAAAAAAAAAAAAAACCAGCAUAAAAAAUGGCUCUGCAUCACUUCCCCGGCUUCCCUGUGCGUGAGGCUCUGAACUCCUCUCCUUCCAAGCCAGGUAAACUCAGAUGACUCUGGAGGAGGUCACCUGGGGAGGCUUUAGGAGGGGGAUGGUGCUGCAGUGUCCUGGCAGCCCCGGGGCAGCCCUGCUGGAGCUGGGGGCUCUGUGCCUGGGAUGCUCUCCCAGCUGCCCAAACACUGUGCCUAAAGGGACUAAUCUCUGUGUUUGGUGUCUGCUUGUGGCUCUUUGGACACAAUAAGGGAUUAACUUGGUCUUUAUCUAAUUGGUUUAUAACCUUGGGAAGGGAAAAUCUCUUUGUAAUGCUUGAAACCUCUUAACAGAAACUCAGAGACUGGAGCUUGAGUGUCCUUCGAAAUAAACUCAUACAUGGCUUGUCUGUUUUAACUCUC